AUGAUGUGUACCACUCAUGCAGUCGGUUUUGACGUGGGCACGUUGAAUUCAUUUGUGUCCUAUGCCACGAAACAAGGGUUACAAACAAUUCACGACGACUACGGAGACCGACGAAUACCAACUUGCAUUUGUUUCAUCAAUGGACGGCGCCUCGUGGGAAUGUCGGCAAAAAUGCAACAUGAGAGUGUCAGAGUUUGCACAAUAUGGAAUUUCACACGUCUGUUGGGACGUCGAUAUGAGUCACUGACACUCGAGGAAAGGCGAUCGCUUCCGUUUGCGUGCCGGGAAACGAUCGGUGGCCGAGUCGGAAUAGAGGUCACCUAUUUGCAAAGGGUUUGGAUUUUGCUCCCGGAACAGCUAAUGGCAAUACAAUUACAAUACCUGAAAAGCGUGACCGAGAAGACCAUAGCCAAUUUGGUUCGAUCUGUCGUACUGAGUGUCCCGGUCUUCUACACGGAUGCGCAGCGACGGGCUGUUCGUGAUGCUGCACAUAUAGCAGGAAUUUCUCGCAUCCGAUUGAUCAGUGAUACGACAGCCAUUGCUACUGCCUACGGAUUCUGUAAAGACAAUGUAUUAGCAAUCACGGAUUCACCCCAACACGUGGCUUUUGUCAGUAUUGGGUAUAGGCAUACGCAGGUGGCUAUUUGCGCGAUCACCAAGGGCACAACACGAAUUUUGGCCACCGCAUAUGACGACGAUCUCGGUGGUCGUGAUUUCGAUCAAGUUAUUUUCGACCAUUUUCGAGGUAUCUUGGAAAGAAAGUAUCACACAAAGUUGGAGUACAACAGUAGUGCCUGGAAUCAACUACUCAAAGAAUGCGAACAGUUGAAAGUUCGCAUGAGCGCUAAUAAUGCCGCGUUGCCAAUCAAAGUCGACGGCCUGGUUAAGAGGACUACUGUACCGUUAUCCAUGCGAAGUAGUGACUUUGAGGUGCUAUCCGAAAAACUGCUUGCUAGAUUCUACGCCACACUUAUGCGCUGUUUAGUUGCAUCAAAACUACAAACCACCGAGAUUCAAGCAGUCGAACUGGUCGGUGGUUGUUGCCGCAUUCCAGGUUUGCGAAAAGCUGCCGCUAUGGUUUUCGGUCAUGAGGCGACUACCACACUCAAUGCGGACGAAGCAGUUGCUCGGGGUUGUGCCAUUCAGGCCGCCAUGACUUCUGCCGGAUUUGAUGUCCGAUAUCGAGUGAUCGAACCGGAAGUUCAACGCGACUCAAAAUUCCCAGAUGUUCCGGCACUGACAAACAAAGAGAUCAGUGACUUACGGGCUACCGAGAUGCAUAUGUUCCUGCAGGAUCAGGAGCAAACCAAACGAUCGGCAGCCAGAAACGCAUUGGAAGAGUAUGUGUAUGCAACAAAAAGUCGAUUUGAAGGUCUUCUGAAGGACACGGUCACCAAAGAGGAACGCGCGCUGUUGGAUGAGACCGAAUCGUGGAUUUGUGUUGGAGCUCUGGAGCGUGAUAGCGAGUUGUAUCAAGACCGAUUGGCAGAACUUCGUGAGGUGGUCGCUAGGGUGGAGAAACGACACAGAUUGGCGAAAACGAAUGGGUUAUUGAUCACUACAUAUGAUAGGAAAUCGCCGAUUGAACACAGUAAAAGAUCGAGCAAACAGGAUCAAGUAAGACGAAGUAUGCGGUACACGAUUAACGGACCCAUUGGAAAUUACACGCAACCUCAGGAAGACACGGAGCCCCGGAUAUUGCCGGCCCGGAAACCUCCACAAUCGGUGGUGCUCGAGGUGGCCGAGCACAAAGUCCCGGUUCGGGAGAGACAGAAAAGUGAAUCUUCCAAAUCACGAUCACCUGAAGUAGUACCGAGACGGCGAUUUGUCCGUUCAGCCACCAUGGACCGAACUCAUGUGACCGGACAAUUGAACUGUUAUAGCUCACAAGAUCGUGCCCAUCGAUCGAGCAUGGUCAAUCUGAUUGUGAACUUCUUCGAAUUUUCUCCGAGACACCGAACCCCAAUAUAUCCGGACUAUGUUGUUCCUGAUGAACGUGCCACAAGUGCAGUGCGGGUUUCGCGCCGCAAACCGUCCCCAAUGGAGCCACAUCGUCAUUCGAUGUACAGUACUUCACCAUCUCAAGAAGCACACACCACACCAUCAACAUCACCGGAACGUCCACUGAUCAAAGCCAUUCCGAUUAUGGACACGUUAAGGAAUGGACCAGAAGUGCCUCCUUAUGAAUCUGUGGUUCCACUUCUUGACUCCAUUCGUGACUAUCGCAUGGCCAUUUCAACCGAAAGUCGUCAGUUGUACGAAGUACUCGAUCGUUAUCUGGUUAUAUUGAGACGGCAACUGCAACUGCACCAGGUCACUCACGGUUUCGAUUUGACACUGCGCGAAAUACAACAAAUUGACACACUGAUUGCUGUGAGUUUGAGCUUUCUGUUUUUCGUUUCUUAUUUUUAUUGUCCCCGUUUCACGCUGUGCAAAACGAUCUUUGUUAAAAAGAAAUCGGCCGUGUGGGAAUGUAAUACUGCCAUGAUUCUCAACACAAAACAGAUCAUUGUUGUAAGGACUCCUAGCCAAAGCUUUAUUCCUAUUAGGUUUUGGUUCGAAUUGUGCGUAUCAGUGCCUGUGUGCAAGGACCGUAGUUUGCGGCGGGACUUUUUUUGA